AUGUUGUGUGGCGACGUCUUGUCUGUCAGUGAGGCGCGGUUUUAUGUGGCGGUGUUCAAGUCUUCAGGUGUUCUAGUGGCAAUAUCUCAUUGCGGCGUCGUCCCGUCGAUGCUGCGGCAUUACCGACAACUUCAUGCUGUGGCGACGUCCCGUCGAUGCGGCGGCGAUCCUAUAUCGUGGCGGCAUCCGGCACUUCAAGUGGCAACUUCUUUUUGCGGCGGCGUCCCGUCGAUACUGUGGCAAUCACAUAUUGCGGCAGCAUCCGGCGCAUAUAGCGGUAACUUCGUGUUACGACGGCGUCCCGGUAGUGCGGCGGCAAUCCUAUAUUGCGGCGGCGUUCCGGCACUUGUCUUUACGUUCCACGUUGCUGCGGCGACCUCUUGUCUCGGUAGCAUCCGGAGCUUCUUGCAGCAUCUUCAUGGUGUCGUGGCGUCCUCGUGCUACGGUGUUCCGGCGGUACGGUGGUGUCCUUGCGCUACGUUGGUGUCCCUGCGUUACGUUGGCAUCCUUGCUUCGUACUACGUUUUGCUAUUGUGUGUGUCCUCCGUUCUAGUACGGCAUAUGGUACGGUCAUGUCACGUUUCGUGGAUUAGAAUACCAGAUGGUAUUUAUCCAUCCAAAGGUCGAUGCUGUGCCCAGCCUUAUAUUCGAAACCUAUAUCGAAAUGCUGUCCAGACUUAUACCAUGGGGUUUAUAUUCGUGUCCAUUGAUCCAACCUUUGUUUCAAUCUCGUGUGACGCUAGGCCUUUGUGUAGUGUAGGUCGUAGUACGUUGCGUAACGUUUCGCUAUCGUAUGAUGCAAUGAGCCAUUUAUCUUUAUCCUGGUGCGUUGGACAGUCGUGUCACGUGAUACGGUCGUUGUUCCGUCCUAAAUCUGUGGGGCAAAUCAUUGACUCAGUUCCAGUCAAUGGUGAGAGUGUCAUUAGUGGUUUUCUCCUGGUCCAAUCAGAUCAUUUGCAGAUGAUGUUAUUCAGUCAUUACAGAUUGUCCAAUCAUAACACAUCAUCCUGCAGAUCAGAUUUCUCAUAUAUAAACCAUGUUGUUUACAUCGGCGUAACCUUUAAUCCUCGUCCCACACAAUUUGGCUUUCAUAGUACUUUAGGGUAUUAUGAUUCACAAAGGAACCUUUGGUGUAGGAGCAAAUAUUGA